AUGCCAACGAGUGAAGUGCAUUAUUCAGAACCACCAUCAGAGAGUUCACGUGCAGAAACUUUUUACAUAGAUGAAGACUUGUCAACGAGUGACACACAAUAUCCGGAACCAUCAUCUGAGGGUACUCGCGCAGAAACUUUUUACGCAGAUGAAGACCUGUCAACGGGUGAAACACACUAUUCAGAACCACCAUCCGACAGUACACACGCAGAAACUUUUUACAUAGAUGAAGACUUGUCAACGAAUGAAACACAAUUUUCAGAACCACCAUCCGAGAGUACAAGCGCAGAAACUUUUUACAUAGAUGAAGAUUUGUCAACGAGUCAAACACAGUAUCCGGAACCACCAUAUGAGGGCACACGCACAGAAACUUUUUACAUAGAUGAAGACUUGUCAACGAGUGAAACGCAAUAUUCAGAACCCCCAUCCGAGAGUACACGGGCAGAAACGUUUUACAUAGGUGAAGACUUGACAACGAGUGAAACCCCAUAUUCAGAACAACCAUUGUUUGGUACAGGCGUCCAGACUUUUUACAUAGGCAUUGACUUGACUUGUCCAGCUUGGUCGACCCAGACAAAGGCCGCUAUCUCCGAUAGCAAUAUUCAAGAUAUUAUUCGUGAUGACAGCACUUCUUCAGUUCCGAGAGCAGACACCAGCGAUACGUCAGAAUAUAUCACGCUAGAUGUCACGUCCCAUGGGGAACCCUCAUAUUCCACGUCGACAGAACUUCUCAGUCAUGGUGAAUAUCCUACAACAGAGGCGAUAACUACAGAUACGUACGACACAGAACAAUCAGGUGAACCGUUAACGGUAGUUACUGAUGGCAAUGGGCUACAGACGAAUCCUUCUUCAGUAACAGUCUCUACGACUAUCGAGGAAACUCAUACUUCUAGCAUGCGAACAAUGACGACUCUUUAUUCAGUUCAAUCAACUGAGUACAACUUACUUGGGGAGGCAAUUACUGUAGCUCCUAGUGAUUCCCAAAGCACUACUGUCACUGACUUUGCAACAUCAAACGUUUCCCAGUUCACCAUCGAGCCUAGUACACUACCAUCUAGUGCUUCCCAAAUAACUCAAGAGUCGACUAUCGUAAAUCAAGAAUUCACCAUCGAAACUGGUACAGUAGCACCUGAUAAUUUACAAACAACCGCAGAGUUGGCUGUAGUAAAUCGUGAUUUCGACACUGAUUGCCCGAGUACUAACGCUUGCGACGUUGACACGCAGAUUUCAGUAUCGAAUGUACCACAAUCCCAAGAGUCGACUAUGAUACAUCAAGAUCGCACUGAUUGGUCGGGUCCUACUGCCCGGAAUACUGACACUGAGGUUUCAAAUAUGAAUGUGCCACAAUUCAGCAGCAAGACUCUGCAUGCCAGAACCGAAGAUAUCAUUCUUGCUUCUUCGACAAACGGAAGUCCUGUUUCAGAUUCACUACCAUCACCUGGAAUAGCCAGUUCAUCUUCAAAAUCGCCGCUUUCAACACCGUCAGCUCACGAAGUAGCUUAUACUACACGUUAUGAGGUUCAUUCAGUGUCACUUGAUGGGCCGCAGCGGGGCUCCGUCAGUGAUUGGCCAGUCCCAACUGCUGCCUACAGUGGCACCAAAUACUCAUCGUCGGAUGUGCCGCAACUCGGCGGCAAGACUGUGGCUAGAACUUCUACUUCGAGAAGCCCUGGAUCAGUACCACUUGCAACAACAGUCCGGUGUCCGACUGCCGGGACCGAGCACACUAAACAAAGGACGUGCAAAAGGCUGGUGAAAACAUCUCCAGGAGACCCAGCCGGCGCUGACUGCCUUACGCCGGCUUUGACACUGCGCCGUACUUUGCGUCGACGUCUGAAGAUCACAAGUCCUCCAGCUGCCUGA